AUGGCCGCUCUCCGACACGGGCACUAUGCUCGCAUAGCAUAUAGAGCACUGUCCACACAAGCAUCGUCAAGAAGCAGCUCUCUGCCACUUACAGCCGACGGCAAGUUCUGCAGUCCCCCCAUCGCCACGUACGCCGAGAAUGCGUCGCCAGCCACGGUGUCUGGAGAAACGUCGCCUGCCCCUUUAUCCGCCUUGCCCACGGGGGUUCUUUUCAGAUCUCUGUUUGUAAACUCCAUCUCUUCCAGGCCACAUCUUCUGAGUCGGGCCAUCUCCUUUAUGGACUUCUUGACCCAGCCCAACAGGCCGUUCCUCUUUGACAUCAACCGCAACAAACUACUUGCGUGGAUCGUGAGAAGAGUGGCCUACAGACACUUUUGCGCCGGGGAAUCAGGCAGCGAGGUCAGGCAAACGCUGAAGCGGUUCAAAACGAUGGGAUUCCGAGGAACAAUUGUCACGUACGCGAGAGAGACGGUGUUUGACUACAACAAAAAGGGCGUCCAGGGCGUGGAAAUGGCAUCAUUUUCAGGCAACCCCACGGAUCCGUGUCCAAACAUACAGAGCUGGCGCAACGGCGUAUUAGAGACCAUCGACAUGUUGGGACAAGGCGACCAACUAGCGGUCAAGAUGACCGGCGCCGGUCCCCUGGUGACGGGGGCCCUUGCCGCCGGACAGCCGCUCCCCGAGCAAAUGUCCGCGGCGUUGAUGGCCAUCGGCGACGAGUGCAAACAGCGCCAAGUGCGAUUGCUCAUAGACGCCGAGUCUCAGCUUUACCAGCAUGCCAUUGCCCAAGCCGGCCUUGAUCUCAUGAAGGUGUACAACCGGGAUGGCCAGGCCCUCGUAUAUAACACGUACCAAGCCUAUCUGAAGGGCACGCCGUCGGCGAUAGAAUCGCAUCUGAUGGCCGCCCUCGAGGGAAACUUCACACUGGGCCUGAAGCUUGUCCGCGGCGCUUACCUGGCCACGGAAAGGAGGGACCUUAUCCACGACACCAAGAGAAACACGGACGAUGCUUACAACGCCAUUGCCCACGGCGCGUUGCGCAGACACAUGGGCAGCAUGGGGGCCCGAGGCGGCCGCCCCUUUCCCUCUGUGAACCUGAUGCUGUGCGGGCACAAUAAGGAGAGUGUAUUUGGCUCCUAUGCGCUGCACCGGCAGCGUCUGCUGCAGGGCUUGCCGACCGUGCCUGUUGGGUUUGCUCAACUGCAGGGCAUGUCGGACGAGAUCAGCUUCGGGUUGCUACGGCUUGGGGAGAGGCAGGGGCCCGGGCCUGAAGUCUACAAGUGCUCGACUUGGGGAACGUUGAUGGAGUGCCUUGGGUAUCUCACGCGGCGGGCUCUUGAGAAUAGAGACGCCGCGGGGAGAACGGUGGAUGAGUACAGGGCAUUGAAGAUGGAAGCGAAGAGGAGACUUAGGUCACUCAUUCCCCUCUGA